GGUCGGCAGGUUCGGAGCCGUUUCUUGGGUUUGGAGCGGGGCGGCUUGGCCUAUCACGGCUUGCCACGUGUGCAUGGGAUAACAUCGGGCCGAGAGAUGCCUCGGAUGAGCCAGCUCCAUGCGUGCUUCGCUCUCCAGACGACACAUCACCGCCCCAGUUCGCAUACACCAAGGUGUUUGGCACGGCGCGGGACAUGGCAGUGAAAGACUCUCCUCAGUCGCUCGCGUUCACGCUCAUCCGCGCGAAGAAUAAUUCAGACGUGUGCAUGGGUGUUUGUUUGGCACGCCGCACGCCUCAAGACAUGGCAGUGAGGGAUCCGCCUCAAUCGCUCGUUUUCACUCUCAUCCGCGCAAGUAAUGAUUUAGCAUCCCAACCCCGCGACUCUCUUGCCCCCUAUGAGCUCCUCCUCGCCUCCCUCUGUGCGCCGGCCCGCCUCUCCAUGCUCGCCAACGGCCGCUGCGACCAGCAAUGCAACGUCGCCCUCUGUGACUUUGACGGGGGGGACUGCGCUUGCGGCGGCGCUGGGAGCGGGAGUAUCGGGAGCAGCGUGAGCAGCGGCAGUACCGCUGAUGGUGCUGUUGGUGGGAGUGGAGGGAGCAGCGGUGGUGUCACUGGUGGUGGUGCGAGUGGGGGUGGGAGCGUGGGAGGAGGAGUGGGUGUGCAGUGGUGCACAUGCCCUGUGCUGCAGAUCCGGGGCGAUGAUGGAGCGUGCUGUGAGGCAGCAGGGGCUGGCACGGGCAUCAAGGUGCCGUUCAGUCUGCGCAGGUUUGGCUUCACGGUGCAUUCCCUCGACUCCAUGCUCAGCAGCACCGAUACUGCUCUGCCGCGCGUUGUAUCUGAGUACAACAGGGUGCUGAUGGGUCUCAUCAUUGUGCAGUACCGUUGGGACUCUGCAGACUGCGCCACAAGCAGGUUCCACUUUCAGGACGUGUGUGUGAGAGGCGAGUCAUCCAAGGCGUUCGGGGUAAACCCAGUCUUCCUGCCGUCUUCCUCGCUAUACAACGCCAACGCUGCUGCCAACAUGACCGCCUACACCAACGAAUCAUUCGCCAACCCCUUUGAGCUCAACGCUAAGGGCCUUCCCUACGGUUUCCAGCAGCUGCCCGGCAGCAGCCGCUUCCCCCUCGUGUUUGAUGUGAAUCUGGACAACGGCGCAGCGACGCGGCGGCUGCAGUACCUGGUGGAUGGGUUUUUCCUUGACAACUACACGCGCAGCAUUGACGUCGUGCUUAUCACCCGCAAUGCCAACGAGCAACUGUUCACGGCCACCAAAGCCACCCUCUCCCUGCAGCCGGGCGGGAGCAUGGACGCUACCUUCCAAAUCCAGCCGGUCAACGUGGAGUACUACGACCUGAAUGUGACGAUCAACGUGAUACGGCUCGUCCUGGAGCUGCUGUUCGUGGCCGGCGUCGUUUGGAAUGUAGUGGAGGAGGUGAAGGAGAUGAUGUGGAUUUGGAAGGUGCGGGGGAGGUCCUUCUGGCAUUACUGGCGUCAGGGGUGGAACUGGGUGGACUGGCUCUCCAUCUCCGUCCAGAUUCUCUGCAUCUGCAUGUGGAUAUCAAUGGCAGUGUUAUCCGGGCAGAGCUUCAACAUGCAGGCACGCUACAACAUCUAUUACACCCUUGACGAGUACCCGCGCUACUGGGCCCUCCCCAACCCGCCCUCGGGGUAUCUGGCUGCUGUUGCUGCUGCUGACAAACUCGGCAGCAUCAUCAACACGAGCUCUGCCUACUUCGCCCUGCAGGGCAUGAAUGUGUUCAUCAUGGUACUUCGCGUGCUCAAGCUGAUGGACUUCCAGCCACACAUGGGCAUCAUCACUCGCUCCAUCCGCGUGGCUCUGCCCUCCAUCCUGCACUUCUUCCUGCUCGCCCUCGCCGUCUUCCUCGCUUACGCCACCUACGCAUACCUUGUGUUCGGCAUGACCAUGGCUCAGUUCAGCACCCUAUGGUCGUCAAUGCAGACCUGCUUCCUCAUCAUCCUCAACGACAACAGCGUGCAGUACUUUUUCCAGCACAUGCAGGGUUGGCAGUACGUCGCAGCGAUCAUCUUUUGGUUCUCCUUCGUCAUCAUCUUCUUCUUUGUCCUCUUCAACUUCCUGAUUGCGAUCAUCGUUGACGCUUUUAUGGACGUUAAGGAUGCUGCGGAGAGUGCAUCAGCGAUCUACGAGGACAUGUACCGCAUCGUCCUGCACUUCUUCCGCCGCGUCGCAACGCCUUAUAGCGAGUACAGCCGCCUGCUGCGGCAUCUGAUUCGCCUGGGAGCAGUGGACACGGCCCACACUGUCAUGGAGAAGAGCCUAUGGCAAUCGGCACAGCAAAGCCUUGCAAGGAGCCUUCGCCACAGCCCGGCAAGGGAAGGCAGCAGCAGGCAUGGCGGCAGCAGGGAGGGCAUGAAUGGACCAGGGGGGGAGGGUGGUGUGGAUGAUGGUGGGUCAAGGAGAGGAGGAUUGGAGGAUGGACGACAAGGGGGAGAGGGAGUUGAGGAGGAAGAAAAGUUGGGGACGGAAGGGAGGGAUGCUAAAGCUAUGGUAAGGGUGCAACAACAGGUGAUGAUAGAUGGUAAAUCUGUGAUGAGAGUGCACGGGCAAGGGAUGGCUUACGCAGAGGGGAACAAUGCCGGUGUGAGUGAGGGAGAGGAGGAGGGGAAGCUGGGGAUGGAAGGGAGAGAUGGUAAAGCACUGGUACGGGUGCAGCAGCAGGGGAUGUUGGAUGGUAAAUCUGUGAUGCGGGUGCAGGGACAGGGGAUGUCGGGGUUGGGAGGGAUGGUGAACGCUACUUCUGAGGCGCCUCAAAGGCUGCAAGAGGCGGGGGCUAAAUCUUCUGGGAUAGACACAACCUUUGAGGCACCUCAAAGGUUGGAAGGCGCAGGGGCAAAAGGUCCGAUGAGAGUGCAAGAGGAGGGAAUGGCAGAAGCAGAACGGAUUCAAUCAGGUGUGAGUGAGAGAGAAGAGGAGGGCGAGAGGCUUAGGAGAAGCACGGAUCUGGUGGGAAAGGGUGGGAGCAGCAGCCCUGAACGAUCUGUCAGAUCUGCUGCUGAGAGUACAGAGAGCAACAAGGGAAGCACCAGCAGCAGCAGCACCGGUGGCGGCGGCGGCAGGGGAGGGGGCAGCAGCAGCAGAAGGGGGCCGGGGAGUCCAGUGUUGCGAGCGGUGCGGAGGAGAAUGAGCUUCUGGCGAGCGGAUUCCCUGGAGGAGCGGCAGAGAGUGGUGGCAGUAGGGGGCAGGCACCUCAACGCGCUCUCCCUUUCUGCUAUUCUGCAACGUGCACUUGCCAGAAAGCUGCGCUCGAUCCCUCCCCGCUACGCCCACCACCUGGCCUCCAUCGACCUGCCAGCUCUCGUCAAAGUGCUUCUCUCCGAGACAGGGGAGAACCUGUCCCGCUCUGACCUCAUGGCACGGGCAAGCACAGCAGUGGCCAUGUCUCGACAGAAGCGAGAUAUGCUGGCCUUGCAGGAGCGCAUGGGAUCCCUUCAGACGGACCUGACUCAGCGGUUUGAGUUGCUCGAACGUGGGGUUUUGGAUCGGUUGCCGAAGCAAGGGCAUGGUUCGGCGGGUUGGGAGGUUUGGACGGAGCAGGUGCGGCGAGAGGUGGAGGAGGCGAGACGGGAGGCCUGGGAGCAGGCUCGGCAGGAGGUGGAGGAGGCGAGGCGGGAGGCGCGGGAGGCUCGGGAGGAGGCUAGGAGGGAGCGGGAGGAGGUUGGGGAGGUGUUGAGGGAGUUGAGAAAGGAAAUGCAGUUGCUUAGGGUGGUGAGGGGGGAGAGGAGAGAUGGGGGACAAGGGGAGGAGAGGCCGAAGGAGGAGGGUGAAGGAGUUAGUGUGGAAGGGGGGCGAACGCAAGCAACAAGCAGUGAGAAAACCUAA